AUGACUGAAAGAUUGAAGACCUUUUUUGAUAUCACAAUUGGCGGAGAAGCUGCUGGACGUAUUGUUUUCGAGCUUUACAACGAUGUCGUCCCCAAAACCAGUGAUAACUUCUAUAAGCUCUGUGAGGGUGGUGCAGGUAUGUGUAAGACCAAACCUGACACCCCACUAUCCUACAAGGGUUCUAUUUUCCACAGGGUAAUCAAGGACUUUAUGUGCCAGUUUGGUGAUUUCACGAAUGGAGACGGUACUGGAGGUGAGUCCAUUUACGGUGAGAAGUUUGAGGAUGAAAACUUCUCCCUAAAGCAUGAGAAGCCAUUCCUAUUGUCGAUGGCAAACGCUGGUCCAAACACAAACGGCUCCCAAUGUUUUAUUACUUGUGCGCCAACGCCGCAUUUGGAUGGUAAACACGUUGUGUUUGGUGAAGUGAUUCAAGGUAAAAGAAUUGUUCGUGCGAUUGAGUCGCAAAAGACCUCUUCAUCAGAUAAGCCUGAAAAGGAUGUUAUUAUUUCUGAUUGUGGUGUCCUACCAAACGACUACCAAGUACCAGCAGAUGCGGAGGCCACCCCAAAGGACGAAUACGGUGACGACUACGAAACCACUUUGGCCGAGGACGAUAAGGUUGACAUUAACGAUCUAGAAAGUGUAAUCAAGGCAGUGGAAGCUGUUAAACACAUUGCCACGGAACAAUUUAAGAACCAGAACUACGAAGUUGCUACUCGCAAGUAUGAAAAGUGUGCAGGAUUUCUGCAAGAAUACUUCCCAGAGGAUCUAACACCGGAAGAUAUUACGAGGGUAAAUAAAUUGAAGCUGUCGGUACAACUCAACAUUGCGUUGAGCGCAUUGAAGAGUAAGCAGUAUUCCAAAGUGCUUGCAGCCGCUACUGAAGUAUUGCAUUUGGACGAAGUCGAUGACAAAUCCAAAGCUAAGGCAUUAUACCGUCGUGGUCUUGCGUACUAUAACUUGAAAGAUCCCGAAAUGGCACUUACUGACUUGGAACUUGCAACGUCUUACCAUUCAAACGAUGCGGCUAUCUUAAAAGCGAUUGACGAUGCAAGAAAGCUAAGACAGCAACAACGCGAGCAACAAAAAAAGUCUUUAUCUAAGAUGUUUAGCUAA